GCUGCUCUCCAAGGAGAUGGCCCACAGGGCUCCUGUGCUGUUGCUGCUGCUGCUCCUCCCACCCCGUUCCAAGGGCUGCCCUGCUGCUUGCCGCUGCUACAGUGCCACAGUGGAGUGUGGUGCCUUACAGUUGCGCGUUGUCCCACAGGGGAUACCCCCAGGGACACAGACGCUGUUCCUGCAGGACAACAGCAUCGCACGCCUUGAGCCUGGUGCCCUGGCUCCACUUGUCUCUUUGCGCCAUCUCUACUUGCACAACAAUAGCCUUCACGCCCUGGAGUCUGGUGCCUUCCGUGCGCAGCCCCGCCUACUUGAGCUGGCGCUGACAGGCAACCGGCUGCGCGGCUUGCGCAGAGGCGCCUUCACAGGCCUAGCACAUCUGCGUGUGCUCUACCUGGCAGGCAACCAGCUGGCUCGGCUGCUGGAUUUCACCUUCUUGCACCUGCCGCGACUGCAGGAGCUACAUCUUCAAGAAAACAGCAUUGAACUGCUGGAGGACCAAGCCCUAGCCGGGCUCUCCUCCCUGGCCCUGCUGGACCUCAGCAGGAACCAGUUGGGCACCAUCAGCCAAGAGGCCCUGCAGCCCCUGGCCAGCCUGCAAGUCCUGCGCCUCACAGAGAACCCUUGGCGCUGCGACUGUGCCUUGCACUGGCUGGGUGCUUGGAUCAAGGAAGGGGGCCAGCGACUGCUUAGCUCCAGAGACAAAAAGAUCAUGUGUGCUGAGCCCCCUCGCCUGGCGUUGCAAAGUCUCCUGGAUGUAUCAGGCAGUAGCCUCAUCUGCAUUCCACCCUCUGUACACGUGGAGCCGCUGGAGGUUACAGCCAACCUGGGAGAGGACUUGCGGGUGGCCUGCCAGGCCUCGGGCUAUCCGCAGCCCCUGGUAACCUGGAGGAAGGUGCCCCAGCUUCGGGAAAACCAGCCACAGACCCAGGCCCAGUUGGAAGGCUGGGCACCAGGCCUGGAUGGGCACGGAGCUCCUGACACCGGCAGUGGCAUGCUCUUCCUCACCAACAUCACACUGGCGCACGCCGGCAAAUACGAGUGCGAAGCCUCCAAUGCUGGCGGUGCUGUGCGCGUACCCUUUAGCCUCCUAGUCAAUGCCACCCGGCCACACCCGCCGGUCUCUCCUGCCCCGGCCGUGCUCCCCGACGGCCACGAGCCGCAGCACGAGGAGGGUAGCAUGGCCUUCCGAGCCCUGGGCCUUGCCACACAGACGGCCAUCGCGGCAGCCAUCGCAUUGUUGGCGCUAACAGCGUUGCUGCUGGCCGCCAUGAUCUGCCGGCGCCGGCGCCGGCGCAAAAAGGCGCGAGCGCCGCCGGGGGAAGGCACACUGUUCGUCAACGACUACUCGGACGGGCCUUGCACCUUCGCGCAACUGGAGGAGCUCCGCGACGAGCGCGGCCACGAGAUGUUCGUGAUUGAUCGUUCCAAGCCUCUAUUCGUUGAGGGGCCAGUAGAGACUCCAGAAGACGUAGGCACUACUGAGGGCUUGGCGCCGGGGUUCGGCCUCCCACCGUGCGUUGCAUAUGAGAUCCAUUGCUGAGUGUGUCGCGCACUGAUGACGUAUGCACCGGUAAUUGGCCGGUGCGGUCCCUCAGUAAAGGUAGA